CCAGACGUCAGACGCGAGUCCAGCAGUCGAUAGCGGCUACACUUCAUCCCCCUCGAGACAGCGAUCUUCAUCAUGGGCCGAAGACUGAGCAUCGGACUCGCCGCCGCCGCUAUCCUAUUCAGCUGCAUGCUGCACUUCGCCCUGGCUCAGGUCACCUUCUCCAAGGGCUGGGGCCCGGGAAAGCGCUCGGCCCUCUACGAGACGGACUGCAGCAGAGUCAACUACAAGUCCCUGGCUCUGCUCUUUCACACCCUCCUGGCGGAAGUGAAGCAUCUAAUGGCCUGCGAUCAUCAAGCCACCGUCAACUACCUGCAGAGCGUCGAGCGACAGUAGCGGCAGUCCGCCCCUCAGCCCGUCCCCGAAAAAGAAAUAUACCUGCUCGCGCACACCCACUGAAUUAUUCACGCGCAGUCGUGCUACUGUAGUCCACUGUCAAAA